UAGGUGUCCUCAUAAGAUGCCGGGUCGGCGGCGCCCGGCCUCCCCCCAAGAUGGCGUCCAUGCGGGAGAGCGACACGGGCCUGUGGCUGCACAACAAGCUGGGGGCCACUGACGAGCUGUGGGCGCCGCCCAGCAUCGCGUCCCUGCUCACGGCCGCGGUCAUCGACAACAUCCGCCUCUGCUUCCACGGCCUGUCGUCCGCCGUUAAGCUCAAGCUGCUGCUCGGGACGCUGCACCUCCCGCGCCGCACGGUGGACGAGAUGAAGGGCGCCCUGUCGGAGAUCGUGCAGCUCGCCACCCUGGACUCGGACCCCUGGGUGCUCAUGGUGGCUGAUAUCCUCAAGUGCUUCCCCGACUCGGGCCUGCUCAACCUCGACCUCGAGGAGCAGAACCCCAACGUCCAGGACAUCCUGGGGGAGCUCCGCGAGAAGGUGAGCGAGUGCGAGGCGUCGGCCAUGCUGCCGCUCGAGUGCCAGUACCUGAACAAGAAUGCGCUGACGGCCCUGGCGGGACCCCUCACGCCGCCCGUGAAGCACUUCCAGCUCAAGAGGAAGCCCAAGAGCGCCACGCUGCGGGCCGAGCUCCUGCAGAAGUCCACCGAGACGGCCCAGCAGCUGAAGCGGAGCGCAGGGGUGCCCUUCCACGCCAAGGGCCGGGCGCUGCUCCGGAAGAUGGACACCACGACCCCACUCAGAGGCAUCCCGAAGCAGGCGCCGUUCCGGAGCCCCAGCACCCCCAGUGUCUUCAGCCCUGCCGGGAGCCGGACCCCCAUCCCACCGUCGAGGACACCCCUGCGCAAGGAAAGGGGAGUGAAGCUGCUCGACAUCUCAGAGCUGGACAUGGUGGGCGCCGGCCGGGAGGCCAAGAGGCGAAGGAAGACGCUAGAAGCGGAAGUGGUGGAAAAGCAGGCCAAGGAGGAGGCCGUCAUCGAGAGCGCCACGCCGGACUACGCAGCCGGCCUGGUGUCCACGCAGAAACUGGGGGCUCUGAACAGCGAGCCGGCACUGCCCUCCACCAGCUACCUGCCCGCCACGCCCAGCGUGGUCCCAGCGUCGUCCUACACCCCCAGCUCCGAGACGCCGCCCGUGCCGUCACCCCGGGAAGCCAGCCUGCAGGCCAGCCGCCCCCCCGAGGAGCCCGGCACCCCCAGCCCCGUGCCUCCGGCGCAGUUCAAGCAGCGCGCGCCCCUGUACAGCAGCCUGGGCCCGGCCGCGCCCUCGGCACCCGCCUCGCCCCUGACGCCCAGCACGCCCCCCGUGGCCGCGCCCACUGCCCAGACGCCCCCAGUGGCCAUUGUGACCCCGCAGACCCAGCCCCCCGCCCAGCAGCAGCCCAAGAAGAGCCUGUCCCUUACGCGGGAGCAGAUGUUUGCCGCACAGGAGAUGUUCAAGACGGCCAACAAGGUCACACGGCCGGAGAAGGCCCUGAUCCUCGGCUUCAUGGCGGGCUCCAGAGAGAACCCGUGCCAGGAGCAGGGUGACGUGAUCCAGAUCAAGCUGAGCGAGCACACGGAGGACCUGCCCAAGGCGGACGGCCAGGGCAGCACCACCAUGCUGGUGGACACCGUGUUCGAGAUGAACUACGCCACGGGCCAGUGGACGCGCUUCAAGAAGUACAAGCCCAUGACCAACGGCUCCUAGGCCCCACGGCGACAGACGGACAGACGGACCACCGGCAGGCCGGGUCUCCUGAUGUGCUGCCGAGCCCCAGCCUAUUUAAGUUUUUAGAUUAUUUUCCUGGUUUGGGCUUAUUUUUAGAAUUUUAAUAUAGGUUAUAUUUUGUGUGAUUGAAGACACUCUUUUGGAUUCACUACUACAGUUUUGAGGGUUAACCAAAAAAGUUGUAACUUGCCAAUCUUAGGGACAGCGCUGCCUGUUAGCCUUUUACCUUUUUUAUUUUUUCUUAAGAGAUCCCACUGACCUCGAGGGGGGCUCGGCCCGGCCGGUGGGUGCCUCCCCACCCUGGGGUUGGGGACCAGGGGCCGCCAGGGGCGCCUGGCAAUUCCAAAGCGUGCUGCCCGUGGGGUUUUGUACUCGUCUUUUGUAUCGUCGUCAGCAUUUAAGACCAGGCUCCGGGCACCUAUUUUCUUUGUAAACAAUCUGAAUAAUUAAAGUUUAGCUUUUCUAAAGAAA